GAACUACAUAAAAAAAUAGUCGCACAUUUCAAACGUUAUGUCGGUUAAAAUGAUUUCCAGUUUGUCGUUGCUUUCCGAUUAGCCAGGCAUCAUCUAAUUAUCAGUCUUUGUUGGCGAUCAAAGCUCCCGUUAACACGAGGCAGUCAGGUUUUAAGAGAAAAUGGCCAGUCAGUCCAUGGAGGUUGUAGCGAAGGCUCUGGAGCAGCAGAUGCUGCAGUCAGCACGGAUAGUGGAAGAGAAGCUGGAUGGCGAACUGGAGAAGUUGGAGCACAUGGAUGAAGAUGAGCUGGAGCGACUCAAGGAGAGAAGGCUCGAGGCCCUUAAGAAAGCUCAAAAACAGAAGCAGGAGUGGAUAUCUAAAGGACAUGGUGAAUAUAGAGAGAUCCCAAGUGAGAGGGAUUUCUUUUCUGAGGUGAAAGACAGCAAAAAUGUGGUCUGCCAUUUCUACAGAGAUUCUACCUUCAGAUGCAAAAUUUUGGACAAGCAUCUAGCUAUUUUGGUGAAGAAACAUCUGGAAACAAAGUUUAUCAAGCUGAAUGUUGAGAAGGCUCCAUUCCUAACUGAGAGGCUGAAGAUUAAAGUCAUUCCAACACUGGCUCUGGUGAAGGAUGGGAAGACUAAGGAUUAUAUUGUGGGCUUCACUGAUCUGGGCAACAGAGAUGACUUCCCUACUGAAGUGCUGGAGUGGAGACUGGGCUGCUCAGGUAUCAUUAACUACAGUGGGAAUCUUUUGGAGCCACCCACUGGUAGACAGAAGUCCGGGUCAAAGUUCACCAAGGUGGAGAAAAAGACCAUCAGAGGCAAAGGCUAUGACUCGGACUCUGAUUCUGAUGAGGAUUAGAGGACUAAAACAUCAAGCUCAGUCUUUCUCAGGGCUUCCUACAUAACAGUCCGAAGUCUUGUAACAUCACUUUUUUUUUUUUUGCAGUGUCUAUUUAAUUUCUUCUGUCUCACCUUUGUCUUGUUUGGCCAUUUUAAGAUGUCUGAAUACCACCUAAUAUUGUGUUAAUACUUAAUUUCACAUUUUUUUUAGUUUUAAUGUACAGUAGUGAAACUUUUCUGUGGAGCAUAAUUCUGGUGAAGGUUAGCUUUUUAGCACCAAUUUAUUUUCUAAGUAAGUUUUUGUGGGAUGGAACAACCGGAUGCAUUUAAGUAGUGCAAAGACGAAAUCAAUAUUUUGCCUCUUAAUGGACUGAUGCUCAGAUCAGUGAGCAUCAAACAAGUGCCAAGGAAGCAAACUUCUGUAUUCCACUAAGGAUUGCCACCUCUUUCUCUCAUUGAUGUGAAGGAAGUGCAUUUUCUUUUCUUUAUAGCAGUACAUGACAUUAAAAAUGAUAUAAUAUGCCUGUUUUGCUCGUCAAUUAAAAAUGUUUUUCUGUCUCA